AUGUGCAUGAGGCAGGAGCUCCACAAGCUGGAGGAGAUUUCUCUCACCUGCGGCCUGUGCCAGUUCCCUUCUGGGGAGUUUGGCCAGCUUGUCCAAGAUGUCUCUGCUCUGGUCCCAGAUGACAAGCUGGUGAUGCAGGAUGAUACCCCUGUAGGGGGAGAAAUUCUCUUCAACCACCUGCAUGGGGUAACCAGUAAACCCUCACACAGUGUGAUGCUUGAUGAGGAGAAGCUAUGGUGAGAGGCCCUGUACAGUGACUCAAAGGCUUCCAUGAGCUGCCACUUUCCUGUAGGGAAUGAUUUGUGUUCAAAAAAAAGCCUAGGGGACAGGCAGAUUUUUGUGGCCUGCAUUGAGGCCCAUCAGUAUCAAUCUUCAAAUCAUUGGAACAGCCCUUGGAGGUCAGACUGGAGUUUUGCCCUGACUCCAUUUAGCACUCAAGUUACAGGGAUCUUUCUCCUCAACAUACACUACUUCAAAGAUGUCAACCUCCAUGGGACUGUCAGCAAGUCUGUGAGUGUGACUCUAAAUGCAAUAGACCAAAGACAGUUUGCCACAGAUUUUGUGAAAUCCAUGAAAGCUGAGGACACCAAGUUUCAUAUUGUCAUUCUGGAAAACAUUCAGGUUUUGUCAGAGGUUAUAUAGGGGGAAAAAAUGCAGAGGAAACUCCCUGUUACUUGCACUUUUAUGAACUGGAAUAAGCUAUUGUAUGAUCAGCAUCUGAACACCAGUGUCUCCACUACAGAAAUGCCUCCAUGCUUACUGAAACCCACUAUUUUAUAUAGUGGCCUAAAAAUAAACAAAACGAAACAAACCACAAAACAAGAUUGUUUAGUUGACUUAUUUCUAGAUUAUUCAGGAGAGUGCAGAAACUGUCAUCAACUGCCAUUCAG